AUGAUGCUUGGAGCAGUUAAAAUGGAAGGACACGAGCACACCGACUGGAGCACCUACUAUGGAGAGCCUGAGUGUUACACCUCCGUUGGCAACAUGAACGCCGGCCUGGGCAUGAACACAAUGAACACCUACAUGAGCAUGUCCGGAAUGAGCACCUCCGCCAAUAUGUCAGCCAACUCCAUGAACAUGUCCUACGUCAACACCGCCAUGAGCCCCUCCAUGACAGGCAUGUCCCCCAGCGCAGGCGCUAUGAAUGGCAUGGGCGCCGGCAUGACGGCCAUGAGCGCGGCCCUAAGCCCCAGCAUGAGCCCCAUGACCGGGCAGCCCGCCUCCAUGAACGCGCUGACGUCCUACACCAACAUGAACGCCAUGAGUCCCAUUUACGGACAAUCCAACAUCAACCGCUCCAGAGACCCGAAAACGUACCGGAGGAGCUACACGCACGCCAAGCCUCCUUACUCGUACAUCUCCCUCAUCACGAUGGCCAUCCAGCAGUCUCCGAGUAAGAUGCUCACCCUGGCCGAGAUCUACCAGUGGAUAAUGGACCUCUUCCCAUUCUACAGGCAGAACCAGCAGCGCUGGCAGAACUCCAUCCGCCACUCUCUGUCGUUCAACGACUGCUUCCUCAAGGUGCCCAGAUCGCCGGAUAAACCCGGGAAAGGCUCCUUUUGGACUCUCCACCCGGAUUCGGGGAACAUGUUUGAGAACGGCUGCUACCUGCGGAGACAGAAGCGCUUCAAGUGCGACAAGAAGAUGACCGGAAAGGAGUCCGGGCGCAAGGCGGGAGACGGUUCGUCCCACAGCAGCUCGGAGAGUUGUAACGGCAACGAGUCGCCGCACUCGAACUCGUCCUCCGGCGAGCACAAGAGGUCCAUGUCGGACAUGAAGGCUGGGCAGGCUCUGAGUCCGGAGCACGCCGCCGCUGCUGCCGCCGCCGCCGCAGCAGCAGCCGCCGCCUCCGCCUCCUCCCCGCAGGGUCAGCACCUUCUGUCCCAGCAUCACUCAGUCCUGGGCCACGACCCUCACCUGAAGCCGGAGCACCACUACUCCUUCAACCACCCCUUCUCCAUCAACAACCUCAUGUCCUCCGAGCAGCAGCACCACCACCAUCACCACCACAAAAUGGACCUAAAGACUUACGAGCAGGUGAUGCACUACUCGGGCUACGGCUCCCCCAUGCCAGGGGCUCUUUCCAUGGGCUCCAUGGCGGGGAAGGCCGGUCUGGACACCUCCAUACCUGACUCAUCUUACUACCAGGGCGUCUAUUCCAGGCCCAUCAUGAACUCCUCAUAAAAAUAAAGCCCAAACGGACUUCUAUCUGUACAUUUGUAAAAAAUAAAAAAUAUAGAAUUUGUGUACAAUAUGUAUUUCAAAUAUUUUGGACGUUUCCCAUCGUUUUAGUUGUCGCGUUUGUUUAGUAGCCGAAUUAUUUCCAGAGGAUGUUAAGAAUUCAUGACAACUUGUUCACGUCUGCUGCAGGAAUCAGGAAUGGACUCCAAAGAAAAACGAGCUGUACAAUAACGUCUGCAUAACUGACUUUGAAAACACACGGAUUUCUUCAAUCAUUUGUGUAAUUCCUAUUUAUGGCUUGUAUAUGUGUAUUCUUGUAGUGACAAGAGCAAAAUCUAUAUUAAAGUGUUAUUGGUCAUGUUUUCUCAAGAUGGUGAUUUGCUGAGAAAUUAUUACGAAAUGUAUUCAUGCACAGAGCGUCUUCAUAUUCUCAUAUACAGUAAUUAU